AUGACUAGAACAACUCCAGAUAUUGACCUCAUUGUCGUUGGGGCAGGAUGGUUUGGUUUGUCUGUUGCGAAGCACUACAUUCAGCUGCACCCUCGGGACCGCAUUGUAGUCCUCGAAUCAGCUGGCUCGUGUGGAGGUACAUGGGGACAGGAAAGACUCUACCCUGGACUCAAGUCGAAUAACAUGGUGGGCUCUUAUGAAUACCCCGACUUUCCCAUGUCGGAAGACGUCUAUGGGGUCAAGGCCGACAGCCACAUCCCCGCUGCCACUUUACAUCGUUAUCUGACCGACUACGCCAAACAUUUUGGAGUCUUUGAUCGAGUUCAAUUCCACACACGAGUAACAGCAGUGCAGCCACAGUCAGAAGGUGAUGGGUGGAGACUUCACGUUGCCUGCUCGAACGACCCAUCCAACUCCACGACGGAAAUGGGUUCUAAACGACUGAUUCUGGCCACCGGCCUCACCUCUUUACCUAAUAUGCCCUCAUACCCUGGCCAGGAUACCUUCCGCGGUCCUGUCUUCCACGCUAAGGAUUUCAAACGCGAGGCAGGCACAUUGACAAGCUGA